CGGCAACGAACUUGCGCUCGCCCGCUCUUUCGCUCGCUCGCUCGCUCCGUCCGUCAAGCCGCGGGGGCUGGACAGCCAUCGGAGGGUCUGUGUCCGUCUGCUUCCGCGAUCCCUCGGGCUCGCCUUCUAGACGGUCUCUGGGCUGGAUUCCAUCUGGACCUCCAUCGCCCGAGGUCCUCUCGCCGGCUCCGACUCGAGGCUUAUAUCGUAGCCUAGGUCUGAGCCAUCGUCCGCAGACCAAUGCGCUGCUUCGCUCGUUGCUUCAGCGGAAAAGCGCUCGUCGCUCUUGCAUUCUCGAAUUCUUGAAUCCCUCGGACGCCCCGACGCUGCCGAGCUUGCUCGCUGCAGGAGUGCCGGAGGUGCGUCUGACUGCGGGUUCUUGGUCCUCUUUGGUAAUGAGCUUUUCUUCAGGCCGUCGAGCUCGAUUGUGAAUUGUUGCACGCAUUUUCGACGUCGAGGAAUUGGAAAUAAUACUGUCACCUCCAGAGCGACAUAUUUCUCUCCGCUGCAGAAAUGUGUAAUUCCCAUUCCCGUAUAUAGAGCGAUUGCUUUGGACUCACCCGUCUGCGAAAUCUGCACUGUUUACUCCGACGUUGACGGUCGGACAUUUUAAAUCAUCAACAGCGACGAGUGGGCGCAAGGGACUGAAUCAGCCUCAGAUUCUCAAAUAUGUAUGCAGAACGUAGACGAAGAAAUAGGCAGAACGAAAGCUUUGAGCGGAUUAGAGGAAUUGUUCCAUCUGCAUUGAAGAUGGACAAAAUAACUCUUCUCGGAGAAACAGUUGAGUACAUAAAGAGCCUCAAACAACGCUUGAAGCAGCUUGAGGAGAUCAAUAUGGCACUGAGCUCAAGUGGUCAGGACGCAGGGUCUUUUAAGUGUGAGGAUAUCAAGGUCAUACCCUCUAGAACUCAUUCUCCCACUCAGGAUAUGACUCAGGCCACACCUGAGGACGAAGAUACCUUGAAAAUUGAAGUGGUUCGGAACGACUGCAGUCAGGAAGACACAGCCAUCGACAUAUUUACCUGUCUCAGGGAUUUAGAGUUAACUGUGACACACGCUUCAGUGUCGACAAAUGUUUAUAGGAUCCAUGCAACAAUCAAAGUGAAGAUGCCAAAACAGAGCUCCAACGAUCAAUUUGCAGUGUGUUCGGAAAUAGAGGAAGCCCUUCGAAGAUGCCUUCGAUAAUGGACUGAAAAGUUCUCGGUGGAUAAUCUUGGCUACAGCUGAAGACUUGGUAGCCUUCCAACUGGUCAUCCAUCGAACAAAAGAGUCAUGUAUAUAACAAAUUCAUACACUCAGUGUGAAAUGACUUGUCCAGAUAUUCGUCUCCCACUCCAUUCAGAAAAGAAGGAGAAUGUAAACCACAAUGGUUACUGAUUUUUUGCCACCAAAGUCCGUGCAGAAGAUUGCUGAUGAUACGGCAGGCCUCGCGAUGACAGAUAGAUUUUAGACGCAAGUCUUUUGGGAACAAUUGACCUGUACUUUUUCUAGGAAUAUUGUACUGCGAUUCUAAGAACUUUUUUGCAGCUGUAACAUUUUUAGAAUCUGAGAAUAAAACACGAAGAUUCGUAUCAAGCCG